ACAAGCAGUGCCGCGCUUUGUGUGCUGAGGGGGGCGAAGCGCCGGCGUCUCCCACUUUCCUUGGAAGCAGCAGCGAGCAGAGGUGCGCCGAGAGAUCGGCCUCGUUGGGACAGUUGGGGUCUCGGCGCGCAGCGACGCCCUUUGGUAUAAGCCAUAUCCACAUUGAAGAAUUAGCCAACCCAAACAAGUGAAGAUAUAAGCCUGUGUGGGUGAGAAUAGAGCACAAUGUUCCAAGCUAAGGGACAAUCCAGUACAGCCUCUUCUAAUGAAGCAAAAAGCAACACGGGGACAUCUAUUGUACAGAGAUCCAAGUCAUUCAGCAUGAAGGCCCAGGUGAAAGAGACAUGCAGUGCCUGCCAGAAAACUGUCUAUCCUAUGGAGCGCCUGGUGGCUGAUAAAUUUGUCUUCCAUAACUACUGCUUUUGCUGUAAGCAUUGCCACACCAAGCUAAGCUUGGGUAGUUAUGCAGCUCUCCAUGGGGAAUUCUACUGCAAGCCACAUUACCAGCAGCUGUUCAAGAGCAAAGGCAACUAUGAUGAAGGUUUUGGCCGCAAGCAGCACAAGCAACUCUGGCUGCAGAAAGAGGUGGAAAAUGGUACAGAUACCGCAUGACCCAUAGCCUAUAGUUCCCCACUUUGAGAUCUUUGAUAUGGGGAUGAACUGAGCUGAUGGAGAGCAAUGGUAAUUGCAAGAUGGCUAGGAGCAGGAAAGACUAAGCAGGAAUGAACCAUAGUUUUAAUGGGCUGUGGAAAGAAUUAAGCAUCCAAAAAACUACAGACAUGUUGAAAAUGGGAAAUUUUGCUUUACUCAUGGAAAAGCAGGAAUAUUAAUACUAUAAAAAGGACCAGGUCAUACUAGUAAUGGAAUUGCAACCAGGAUUGUAGCUAAACAGUUUGACUAGCAAGCUGUAAAUGUAAUAUUUCACACCUGUACAUCUCCUUGGUCAAAAGUCUAUGACUCAAUGGUGGGAUUCAGCCAGUUCUCACCACUUCAGGAGAACCAGUUGUUAACUUUCUGAGCAGUUAGGUGAAC